GAGAACUAUGAGCAGAUGAAGGCAUUGGUGGUUCAGCUGCGGGAUCGCAUGGAGCAGGUGCGACGAGGAGGCAGUGAAAAAGCCCGGGCACUUCAUACAUCAAGAGGAAAACUGCUGCCCAGGGAAAGAAUUGACAAUCUCAUCGACCCAGGGUCUCCGUUUCUGGAGUUAUCCCAGUUUGCAGGCUACCAGCUGUACGGCGACGAGGACGUCCCCGCAGGCGGCAUCAUCACCGGCAUUGGAAGGGUGUCGGGAGUGGAAUGCAUGAUUGUCGCCAAUGAUGCCACUGUUAAAGGAGGCACCUACUACCCUGUGACUGUGAAAAAGCACCUGCGGGCACAAGAAAUUGCGCUGCAGAACCGGCUCCCCUGCAUCUACUUGGUUGACUCGGGUGGUGCCAACUUGCCUCGCCAAGCAGAUGCAUUUCCAGAUCGCGAUCACUUUGGCCGCAUAUUCUAUAAUCAAGCAAUCAUGUCUUCUAAAAAUAUCACACAGAUCGCGGUGGUCAUGGGCUCCUGCACGGCGGGUGGCGCCUACGUGCCUGCAAUGGCCGACGAGAACAUCAUUGUGCGCAAGCAGGGGACCAUUUUCCUGGCAGGACCCCCCCUGGUUAAAGCAGCCACCGGCGAGGAGGUAUCUGCUGAGGAGCUUGGAGGUGCUGAUCUUCACUGCAGGAAGUCGGGAGUCACUGACCACUACGCUGUGGACGAUCACCACGCCCUUCACUUAGCAAGGAGGAUCGUGAGGAGCCUGAAUUACCAGAAGAAAUUGGAUGUGACUCUCGAGCCUUCCGAAGAGCCUUUGUUUCCUGCCGAUGAACUGUACGGAAUAGUUGGUGCCAACCUGAAGAGGAGCUUUGAUGUCCGAGAGGUCAUUGCUCGAAUUGUGGAUGGAAGCAGAUUCAAUGAGUUCAAAGCCUUUUAUGGAGAUACAUUAGUCACAGGAUUUGCUCGAAUAUUUGGAUAUCCAGUAGGUGUCAUUGGAAACAAUGGAGUUCUGUUUUCUGAAUCUGCAAAAAAGGGUGCUCACUUCAUCCAGCUGUGCUGCCAAAGAAAUAUUCCUCUGCUGUUCCUCCAGAACAUUACUGGAUUCAUGGUUGGUAGAGACUAUGAGGCCGAGGGAAUUGCCAAAGACGGUGCCAAGAUGGUGACUGCGGUAGCCUGUGCCAAAGUGCCUAAGAUAACCGUCAUCAUUGGGGGGUCCUACGGGGCUGGAAACUACGGGAUGUGUGGCCGAGCGUACAGCCCAAGGUUCCUCUACAUGUGGCCAAAUGCUCGUAUCUCAGUGAUGGGAGGAGAGCAGGCGGCCAGUGUGUUAGCCACCGUAGCCAAGGACCAAAGAGCACGGGAGGGGAAGCAAUUCUCCAGUGCUGAUGAAGCAGCUUUGAAAGAACCCAUCAUUAAGAGGUUCGAAGAGGAAGGAAACCCUUACUAUUCCAGUGCAAGGCUGUGGGAUGAUGGCAUUAUUGACCCGGUGGACACCAGAUUGGUCCUGGGUCUCAGUAUCAGCGCGGCCCUCAACGCACCAAUCCAGAAGACUGACUUUGGCAUCUUCAGGAUGUAACUGGAGUCAAACAUGUGCCAAAAAGUAACACGUGUCAUAGCCUUAACGUUUGAAGGUUUUUUUUAAUCAUGUGGCUGUUAAAAUAUUUUUUUCUAAGCACAGUACAUUGUACUUUUCUACCUUAAAAAAAAAUCAGUGAGCACAUUCAUUUGACAAGCAUCAGUUCCUUUUAAAUUUUCUUAGAGAAAUUCUCUAUGGCUCAGUUUUACUGCUGUCAUUUUGAAUCCCACAAGAAGUAUGAAAAAUCCUAUAAUCUGUAAAUUCCUGCUGUUAAGAUCAUUGAUAUAAAGUUGUAUCUCCAAUGAAAUGAUCAUGUUGCUGAUAAUGCUUCAUGAUAUUUUCCCUUCAGCCACUGUCCGCCUCCCUGCCUUGGCAGUCAGCCGUCUCCCUGUCUGCGCCCGGCCUCUCCCCGCUGCCCCCCCCGCCUCUUUCUCCACCCCCGCUUCCCUCCCUCCCUCUGUCCCUGACUUCCACUGCCAGCGCUUGUCCCAGGGACCCUGAGAUCUCGGUGCUGUGAAACCAGCCGGCCGUCCCUACCCUUAGUGGAGGGGACCCAGCGGCACUGGGUCGGCAGUCUGUCUCACUUGUCAUUGGUAACCCUGAGUACGUGCUUAUUCUAAAAGAUACAAAGAACACACAGAUACCUAUUUUUAAAAAUUGUGGUCAGAUACAUAUAAAUUUAUCUCAACCAUUUAUUUUUAUCUUUUCUGUUUUUAUGGGUAUAUGUUUGCAAUACAUAACAAAUAUACUCACCCUGAGGAGCCGGUGCAUGUGCGUAGCCCAUCUUGAUCAUUUUUACCCCCUUUCCCACCCUCCCUCACGUCUUUUCACAUCCCUAAGUCCCUUCCCAUCUCCACAGACUUUCUUUCGUUUCCUAUCUGUCUUUUAUUUUGCUGUUUAAAUUUGUUUAUACUUUGGGUUUCUUACCUAAGGAAGCCAUGCGAUGUUUACGCUUCUAGGUCCAGUUUGUUUUGCCAGCAUGAUGGUUGCAAGGCGCAUCCACUUCCCUAACAGCGACUCAGAUUUAUCCUUCCUGUGCCCGAGAGUGCUCCAUGUGACCGUUUUAAAGCCCAGCAUCACUAAAUACUUCCAUAUUGUUGUGCAGCCAUCCCCAUUAUCCGUCUCUAUUUUUCACACUGUGUCUUCAAUGCCUGCCAUUUGUAGAUGUGCUGUAUUUGUUGAAUGAAUAGAUCAAUGGAAAAAAUUGUCAAUUGAAAAUUGUAACUGCUGUCCUUAGGCCACAAAGUUUUAAAAUUAGGUGAUUGAUUAUAUGAUUUCACAUGACUAUCAGAUGUUUUCCUAAUAAAAUUAGCAUUUCAAACA